UGGCCGGCAGAAGGCGUGAAAUCCUAUUUAUGUUUUUUUUUUUGUCGCGGUUUGUUUCUCUCUGUUUAUUGGAUGGAGGUUUGGAUUCCCGCAAGCUUGCCGCCCUCGGUAAGAUGAAGUGUAUUUUUAGUGGGGAUCCCGACCGAGAAACCCCACUGCCAGUGCUUGGUCUCUUUUCCCCGCUGCAAUGGAGGAUCCAGCGGUGUCGGUGCUCAAGCGGGCGGUGGAGCUGGACUUGGCGUCUCGCUUCCAGGAGUCGCUUGUGUGCUACCAGGAAGGGAUUGAUCUCUUGCUGAAAGUGCUCAAAGCUACAAAGGAUGAGAAGAAAAAGAAUCAUUACAGAGACAAAAUAUCAGAUUACAUGAACAGAGCAGAAGAUAUUAAGAAAUAUCUUGAGAAAGAGAAAGAAGAUGGAAAAUAUCACAAACAAAUUAAAAUUGAGGAAAAUACAAAAGGUUUCAGCUAUGAAAAGCUAUUCCAAGAAUAUCUUAAUGAAACUGUUACAGAGGUUUGGGUUGAGGACCCUUACAUUAGGCAUGUUCAUCAGUUGUACAACUUCUUAAGAUUCUGUGAAAUGCUUGUUAAAGGACCAUGCAAAGUGAAAAGUAUACACCUUCUUACCUCUCAUGAUGAAGGCAGUGGAAAGAGUCAACAGAUGAGUGCCCUAGAAGAAAUACAACAGUCCCUAAAGAAUUUUGGAGUAACACUGGACGUAUCCUACUCUUCUUCAAUACAUGAUCGAGAGAUUAGAUUCAACAAUGGAUGGAUGAUUAAAAUUGGAAGGGGCCUUGAUUAUUUUAAGAAACCACAGGGUCGUUUUUGCCUUGGAUACUGUGACUUUGAUUUGAGACCAUGUCAUGAAACCACUGUAGACAUCUUCCACAUUAAACAUACAAAGAAAACAUGACCCACUCCAGCUAUUUUGUCCAGCUAUAUCUACUGUACACUUUUAUAAAGUAAAACUGAUUUUAUGUUUUUUGAAAUGUACUAUACAGCAAUCCAAUUAGCUUGUCUAUGCAAAAAGGCAUGUUUAUCACAGGAUUUCAUAUUCUUAAGAGGAGCUGUAAGUAGUUUUUCAACCCUGUUGAGGACCACUAUUCUAAUUUACUUGUUUGUGCUUGGACCACAUUUUCUUACCUUAAUAAAUACCAUGUGGAAGGAUGCUUGAAAAAGCUUUUGAACUAAA